UAAGAAUAACGGAUACUCCGGAAUUAUCGCCGGAUUAGAAGGGUUAACACUCCACUUGAGAUGGAGAGCGGGAAGUCAGUAGACGCCUUCUUGGACGAAGUGGCAACGUUUCUAGACCAGACUGACGCCCCUGAAGGUACCAGGAAUCACAGUCACGAGGAAGCUACGACACCUGUUGAUGACCAGCUUCUCCUGGCCAGCCAUCAACUGUUAGCGGAGACGGAGGAUCUGCUUGCUUCACACAAGAACUCAGACUACUACCAGCGACAACAAGACGUUCGUUCUGCGUCAACGAAUGCCAAAUCAUCUGAGGACGACAGGAGUGAAUCUCAGUGUACUGACGUACUCUCCGCAGAAAAGCGGCGUGAGAUUCGAAACGCUCUGGCAGCCCAGCGCCGAGUGCGGUAUCGUCAAAAGCUAAAAGAUGAGAAGGAAGUAUUAAAACAACAAGCCACUGAGCUGUCUGCUCAACUGACCAGUUUACAGACUAGUCAAGCUAAACGGAAGGCAAAACAUGCGAGCAAUUUGAUGUUCGGCGCUUGGCGAGCAGUUGCAGCUCGACAACUGGAAAGACGAAUGCAAGCGGAGCAACAGCAGAAACUGUUAAGAGCGGAAGUGGUUGGAAGGUCGAGACUGAUCCGCCGGAUGAGCAUGCUGUUGGAUAAACUACUGGAGGGUAGUCAACGCAACAGACUCGUUGAGUGGGAGUCGAUAGAAACGGAUUUAGAGUCUGGGGGAUCUCCGUUGUUUAAAACGGUGCUGGACGAUGUGGACGCUGCAUAUCUACAAAUUAAUAGUGUGAUGAACGGCUUGACUUUUGAGUCAGCGACGCAGACACCGUACAAGUUGACACGUCAGCGGAAAAAGAGUGCAGUAUACUUUGACACUAUGGAUCGAAUGGUCUUUCCGUACAAGUUUGAGCAAGCGGCUGACGUUAUAUCGACAGUGAUGCUGACCAACCCAGACGAGAUCGUUACGGUUCAGGACUUGAAGGACACUCUAACGUUGAAGUAUCAUCUAAAAUACCAGCUUAGUGCCGAAGAGAGCGCGUCUUUUAGAGUCUACGCUGCAGGCAAAAGAUACCGAGAAAAGGACCGCUUGGUGUUUGUGUGGCGGAGCAUGACGGAGGGACUUGGACAGUUUGAGGGAUUGCAGUCUAAAGAAACGGCGUGGAUGGUUGUUCGCCCGUCAAGUGAAAAGACUGGCCGGAGCUGCACUAUUUUAGAAAGCUCUUCGCGCGUAGAGCCAAUUGGGUUUGGCUCUGCGUCUGGAUGUGACGGCAAAGUAGACCGGUUUGUGGAUACUCUCGCAAAAUCUGGUGGAGAGGAGUUCAAGCUACUGAUAGAAACAUGGAGAAUUUGAUGAUAUAGUGGUUUUUUUUUUCUCCUACUCUUCGUGUCAAAAAAUGCCUCACAUUUUCAAGAAUUGACCGGAUAGAGUUGAUCCUGAUGACUGAUAUGUUACACUAACUUCAUCGCCACUAGGAAUUUUAUUCCUAGUGGUAACAAAGUACAUAGAUGUGUGACGCACAGUUCCAAUUUCCCUCUUUUUCAGUGCCAAAACUUCAUGUAUCUCAGAGUGAGGACUUUCGCC